CUAAAAUAUUAAUGAUAUGACCUUUAGAGAAAUUACAAAAUAUAUUACUGUUUUAUGACUUUAUUUCUAAACUUUGAGGGGUAAAUUGUAAAUAAUAAGGAGUUCGAACCAAUAUUAACUGAAACCAGCACCACUGACUCCCUCCUUCCUCUCUCUCUCACACACACAAUGGCGACGGUUCCUCUUGGGACUCAUUUCCGCCAUUGUUGUCGCUUAGAAAGCCCUAAAAUCCGUACAAAUUCCAGAAAUUCUAAACGAUCUCAUUUGUAUUACAAUAGGAAAGGGAGUUUUGUGGUAAAAAAUGGCGCCAAAUUCCACAAGUUCAGACCUUCUUUUGAUUGUAGGGUUCUGUCCACCACCGUCCGAGCUUCUUCUAAUAGCUCCACCUCUGACACAGCUGUCCUUGAUGCACCGUUUUCCGAUGACGUCAUCUCCCGAGAAACUUUUCCAUUGCAACGCAUCGAAAAGGUGGAAGGAAAGAUACUAAUCAGAUUAGACAGUGGUAAGGAUGAGGAAAAUUGGCAACUAACUAUAGGAUGUAACCUUCCAGGGAAAUGGGUUCUUCAUUGGGGAGUUAAUUACGAAAACGACAUUGACAGUGAAUGGGAUCAACCUCCUUCUGAAAUGAUACCUCCUGACUCUAUUACCAUAAAGGACUAUGCAAUUGAGACUCCUUUGACAAAAUCAUCACCUGUCACAGAAACAGAUUCAAUCCAUGAAGUGAAGAUUGAUUUCAACACUAAAAGUUCAAUUGCAGCUAUAAAUUUUGUACUUAAGGAUGCAGAAACUGGAUCUUGGUAUCAGUAUAAAGGAAGAGAUUUUAAGGUGCCACUUGUCGAUUUCUCAUAUGCUAAUGAAACUGCUUUGGGAACCAAACAAGGGUUUGCCAUUUGGCCAGGGACUCCAGGGGAGUUAUCAGGUGUAGUGGUUGAAUCAGAAAACUCAGUUUCUGAAGAUGAAAAUAAAAGCGAUAAGUUGAAGGAAUUCUAUGAAGAGCAUUCCAUUGUAAAAGAAACUUUGGUUGAACAUUCCAUGAAUGUUUACAUAAAGAAAGAUUCAGAUGCAUCUAAUAAUGUGCUGCAUAUGGAGACUGAUAUUCCUGGUGAUGUCAUUGUUCAUUGGGGAAUCUGUAAAGACGAAAGUCUGAAGUGGGAAAUUCCUUCUGAACCACAUCCAGAUAACACAUCAGUAUUUAAAAACAAGGCUUUACGUACUCAGUUACAGCAUGGAUGCACUGGAGUAUUUCCAUUAGAUGAAGAAACUUCCGGAUUUCUUUUUGUUUUGAAACUUAAAGACACCAACACAUGGAUUAAUAACAUGGGAAAUGACUUUUACAUACGUAUCCCAAACAAAAGCAUCUCCCAGAAUCCAGAAAACAACACGGAUGAAGAAGCUGUUUCUGGUGCAUAUACAGAUGAAAUCAUCGAUGAAAUCAGACAUCUGGUAACUGGGAUAUCAUCAGCAGCCAACAGGAAAACAAAAAGCAAAGAAAAACAGGAGAUUAUUCUUCAAGAGAUUGAAAAGUUAGCUGCUGAAGCUUAUAGUAUCUACAGAAGCUCUGUUCAAAGUUUACCACAAGAGAUUGAUGAGUUUGAAGCUGUGGAUGUGGAUGUUGAACCACCUGUUAAAGUAAGCUCAGCAACUGGUUCAGGAUUUGAGAUUCUGUUUCAGGGAUUUAAUUGGGAGUCUAAUAAAUCUGGAAGAUGGUAUAUGGAACUACAAGAAAAGGUUCAAGAAUUGGCUUCACUUGGGUUCACAGUUGUUUGGUUGCCUCCACCAACUGAAUCUAUCUCACCUGAAGGCUACAUGCCAAGGGAUCUAUAUAACUUAAACUCCAGGUAUGGAAAUUUCGAUGAAUUAAAAGCCCUUGUCAAAAAAUUCCAUCAAGUUGGUAUAAGAGUUCUAGGUGACGCAGUCAUAAAUCACCGCUGUGCACAUUAUCAAAACCAAAACGGCGUUUGGAACAUUUUUGGUGGUCUGUUAAAUUGGGACGAUCGUGCGGUUGUUGCUGAUGAUCCCCAUUUUCAAGGCAGGGGAAACAAGAGUAGUGGAGAUAAUUUCCAUGCUGCUCCAAACAUCGACCAUUCACAAGAGUUUGUAAGAAAAGACCUAAGCGAGUGGUUAUGCUGGCUUAGGAAAGAGAUUGGAUACGAUGGAUGGAGGUUGGAUUAUGUGAGGGGAUUUUGGGGUGGUUAUGUAAAGGAAUACAUGGAAGCAAGCAAACCCUAUUUUUCUGUAGGCGAGUAUUGGGAUUCUUUAAGCUACACAUACGGUGAAAUGGAUCACAAUCAAGACGCCCAUAGACAGAGAAUUGUUGAUUGGAUUAAUGACACUAAUGGAUCUGCUGGCGCUUUUGAUGUCACAACAAAAGGAAUUCUUCAUUCUGCAAUUGAAAGAACCGAAUACUGGAGAUUAAGCGAUCAAAACGGAAAACCUCCAGGUGUUCUUGGGUGGUGGCCUUCUCGUGCUGUUACGUUUAUUGAAAAUCACGAUACUGGUUCUACACAGGGUCACUGGAGAUUUCCAGGUGGAAAGGAGAUGCAAGGAUAUGCUUACAUCUUAACACACCCUGGCACACCAUCGGUUUUCUAUGAUCACAUGUUUUCCCGUUACAAAUCCGAAAUUUCUGCACUUAUCUCAGUCAGGAGCCGUAAUAAGAUACAGUGCCGGAGUACAGUUAAAAUCGUAAAGUCAGAGAGAGAUGUGUAUGCAGCUGUUAUUGAUGAUAAGGUGGCAAUGAAGAUUGGACCGGGUCAUUAUGAACCCGAUGGUGGGUCCCAUAAUUGGAAGAUGGCGGCUCAGGGUAAUGAUUAUAAGUGUUCUACGAACUUUUGA